AUUGAGUCAUCGUCUCCAUCGUCUCUUUCAACUCCAACAUUGACGUGUGCACGUUCCCACCACGUUGCGGGACGUUUGUAUUUUGAGAUGGCCGACAACCUCGAGAGCCAGCGCGACCAAUCGCAUCAUGACGACAAGCAGGCCAGGGAGAGUCCCGACGUGCAACAGCAUCAACCUGGCCGCCAUGGCAAAAGCCUCGUGCGGCGAGUCCUGAUGGCCGGCCGGGUCGAGGAGGGCGGCAUCGAGCCCAUCCCGCUCGAGGCCCGGACAAACACCAAGUACUUCAACGCCUUUACAAUCUGGUGUUCGAUCAACACCAACAUUCUGGCCAUCACCUUCGGCAUGUUGGGUCCCGUCUCGUUCGGACUCGGCCUGCGGGACUCGGCGCUCGUGAUUCUCUUUUUCAACCUCUUGUCGACUCUGGCCCCGGCGUUUCUGUCCACUUGGGGCCCCAAGACAGGCAUGCGCCAGAUGAUCCAAGCCCGCUUCAGUUUUGGCUAUUACUUCGUGUACAUCCCCGUCGUCCUCAAUUUGGCGACCCUCACUGGGUUCUGUGUCAUUAUCUGCGUGAUUGGAGGACAGUGCCUCUCGGCAGUCUCCGAGGGCGACCUCUCCACCGCCGUCGGUAUUGUCCUGAUCGGCAUCGCGGCGCUGUUGAUAUCCUUUUGCGGUUUCAACGUGCUGCACUUCUAUGAAGGCUACGCCUGGAUGCCGGCCCUGGUCGCCAUCAUCAUUGCCGUGGGCUGCGGCGGCCAGCAGCUGAAGCAGCAAGCUGCGGCUGAGCCGGCAACUGCAUCCGGGGUCCUCAGCUUCGGCGGUGUCAUCGCGUCCUACAUGCUCCCGUGGGCUUGCAUCGCGUCCGAUCUGACAACCUACUUCGAUCCCACAAAGCGCCUCGUAUCCCACCGUAUCUUUGCUUACAGCUAUCUCGGACUGGUCGUACCGACCAUCCUGCUCAUGACCUUGGGCGCGGCCAUUGGCGGCGCCAUGGGCAACAUCCCCGAGUGGCAGGACGGCUUCAGCAGCACCUUGGUCGGCGGCGUUCUCGGAGCCAUGCUCGCCCCGGCCGGCGGCUUCGGCAAGUUCAUCCUCGUCGUGCUCGCCUUCACCCUGCUGGCCAACAUCUCCGGCACCAUGUACGCCAUCACGCUCAACUUCCAGACCCUGAUCCCCACGUUCCGGCUGCCGCGGUACGUCUUCUCCGUCGUGGUGACCGCCAUCAUCAUCCCCAUCGCGAUCCGGGCCGCCCACGACUUCUUCCUCAGCCUGGAGAACUUCAUCGCGCUCAUCGGCUACUGGUCGGCGUCGUUCAUCGGCAUCGUGGUCGCCGAGCACUUCGUUUUCCGCCGCGGGAACCACAACCGGUACGAGACUGCGAUCUGGGAAGAGCCGUCAAAGCUGCCGUUGGGCGCCGCAGCUAUCGGGGCUGCCGUGCUUAGCUUCGCUCUUGUCGUCCCGUGCAUCUCUCAAGUGUGGUUUACGGGGCCCAUCGCAGUCACGACGGGAGAUAUUGGCUUCGAAGUCGCGUUUUUCCUCAGUGGUCUUCUAUACCUGCCUCUGCGUUACGCCGAGAAGCGGUUGAUGGGACGGUAAUGCGGCAAGCAGAAUCGACUUCUUACAAAAGUGAUACUGCGCCGACAGUAAUCAAAGAAGUAGCAAUGCCUUGAGAUUGCAAAAUCUAUGUGAAUCAUACCUUGAUAACAUGAUAACUCAAUCACACAAACACCAUUUAUCGAACGGGUGUGGACGGCAUGAAGAGCGAACCAGUCCCUGUGGCAUACUUUUAUUGAGGCAUCUUCACAAGCAACCAACAGCUGGUGUUUAAACAUUGUCUUACUUUUAGGCUAGUCGUCCACUUGUGACAGCUGUUUUGGUCAUAGAAGUCGAUGCCCUAUUUUGCAAGUGAUUUCUCAGAGAGAGUAUCAACGUUAUCAACCAUUCACUCACAGCCACAUGCAAAAGGCGCCACUGCCAGUUCAGAGGUGACGGAAAGGUUCGAGAUUAGGAUAGAAAGGAAAUCUUGGAGUUCAGUUUUAGUCCUUGACCUCUCCGGGGCCUUUCUUGUUGACCGGCGUCGACUACAUGUUGCGGGCGAGCUGGAACACACGUCCCAAAAGUCUAUUUUCCGAGGGACUUGUAACUUUUGCGCUUCGCCGUGAUCAAAGGGGAGUUCUAUUCAUUAAAUCUUGUCAGAACCUCUUUUCCGUGCCUUGUCGAACCACCCCUUUCGAUAAGUACGAGGCCGCCUCCAAGAGCGAAACACCUGGGGUUAUCCGGAGAAGCCUCAAGGACCCUCGGUUCAGCCUCUCUCUCACACAAAAGAGCACACGCGUCAGCGUCACCAAGUCUGGUCCUCAGAUAUGGAUUUCCUAAAGAAGAAAAAGACUUACGCGUAACUUCGAGCUUUGCCAGCCGCCUGUGAGACAUUCACUCCGAGGCAUCCGGCCUCUGACUCAAUCACCUCCCUUGACCUUCAAAAGGGGCGCAGAUGGUGAGGAUACCCAAGAGGGCUUCUGAAGCGCUGCUGAAGGGUUCCGGAUGGGUCUGGAGAUUUAGCCUUUAAAGAUUUGGAGGUCUGCCGCAAACAUGACGCCUAAGAGAUUGCUAGUCGGAUCGGGGCCCCGCGAACGGCCUUGCUCUUCCCACCUAACAACAGAGGUUUGAUGACAAGGGCGGGGGCCAGAAGACUCGGAACUUCAAUUUGAUUCACAGGAAUCAAUGAGAAGAUGUCUCAUGAGAGGUAGAGCAUGUCAGCUCUUGGGAGAGUCGAGAAGUGCACAGGGCGCCCUUUAAAUACCUUCAGACCUGCGUAAGAUAUGCAUCUUGUGAUCAUCAAGUCCGAAGAUCAGACUUGAUGCUAGUCACACCACGACACAUAUUUUCGAGCUCAGCUGUGUCUACCACGGAAAAUAAUAUUGUUUCUGUAGUAACAAGAAACGCAGGAGUGUAAAGCUUUGUAAGACCAUUGCCAUUCUGGACGUGAUAAAC